AUGGGUCGAGGAAGGAGGCGGCAAAUUUUGAUAACUUUGGGGUUGGUAAUGCUGAUGGGUAUUGCCGUCUACUUGAGGCUUUGGACUAUCGAUUAUCGUAUUUCUUCCAGUGAAACCGAAUUAUUAAGAAAACAAUUUGAUCUUGCUAAUAGAGAAGCUAUGGAUGAAUCUGCAGAGUGGAGACAGAGAUUUGAUGCAGAGGUAGAGAAGACCAGCAAGUGCUUCAAGGAACUGUUGGAAAUUAAGGAAUCUCUUAGACACAAAUCAGGGGACGCUAUUGGGUUUAAAAAGAAAUUGGAAACACUGCAAAAGGAAAACAUGGAUUUGCUUGAACGAGUUGAGUCUUUGAAGCAAGAUCUUGAAGCUGAGAAGUUGAAGUGCAGCAUGCGGCAGAUUUAG